UGGCACUACACAGUGUCUAGUCCGUUGAAUCAUUACUGUGCGCCCGACGCCAGUAGUGUAGGUACGUUUGUGCACUUAGUCGAGAUAAAUCAGCACACACGUUUCUGCAUAUAACUCGCUUUCACAUGCAAUACGCACGCAUACACAACACUCGCAGAGCACGUGCACGCAUUCCGCACCAUACACACGCAAUAGCGCGCGCGGAAAAAUACAAUACACGGCGUUACCAUGGCGACGCCAGCAGUGUCCGCUCCUAUGCUGGGCGAGGAAGUGACACUUAGUGACAGCAUAGAGGGCGUACAGAGUGGCGUGUAUUACAAGGAGAGCUAUGUACGUCAGCUCAUCGGCGAUAUACAAAGAAAGAAUGCAGCCAUAGACGCUUUCAAAGACGACCAGGCACGAGGAGAUGUGCAUGCACAAAAUAUAAUCGAGGAGAAGCUGUUGAUUGUACGUGCAUUAGAGGGUGAAUUGGCAAGGGCACGCCAGGAGGUGCACUGGCUAAAGUGUGAGGUGUCUGUCCUGAGUGAGAGAGAGCAGAAUCAACGUGCAACGGUCAAGCCACUGGCCGAUGCAAACGCAGAGGAAAAGAAAGGGUUGCUGGCUGUGUGUAAUGGCGAUGCGCAAAGCGUCAAUGUGGAUGUGAAUGCAAUUGUGGAUGCACAAGCAACUGCAAGCAAGGGUGAAAAGCGUCUGGAGGCAAGUGCGUUGUAUCCGGCCGUGUAUGAUGAAGGCGACGACCGAGAUGUGCUCAAUACUACCAAGCCCGGUUUGAAAGAUCCGGAAAAUAGUCGCAACAACAGCGAGGGCAAAGCCAUGGACAUGGAAGAUGAUAGCGUGGAGCAGAGAUCGGACACACAGGGAGUGUUCCUGGACGACUACUUCACGGCGCAUUGGGAUGCACAGGACACACACAUGCACGCCGACGAGAGCGACGCAACAGGGGCUGUGGUAGCAGAGAAGGACCUUGGCAGAACAAAGGAGGCCCUGGUACGUAAAGAGGAGGAUCUCUCGAAUCUCCGCAAAGAACUUGCUGACAUCCAAGAUCAGUUGGAGAAGGAGAAGUCCGCACACAGACAUCUGCAGUUUGAGAAUGCCAGGCUAUCGCUCCUGGGCCACCACCACGCACAACGCCUAGAAAGUGAUGACAACGACGCGGAAAUGGGUAUGGAUACCGUAGAGAAUACGACCAAAGUGUCUGAGAAAUCGGACAAGGUGUCUGAGAAGUCGGACAAUGUGUCUGAGAAAUCGGACAAGGAGAAUGAUGCUGGUGAUAGCCAAAGAAUGGGAAUGGGCCAUUGGAGUGGUGAUGCGUUUUCCAGUGCGUGUGAACGGCAGUUGGAAGAGAAGUAUAGUGCACUCAGAGCAUUGUACGACAACAUCCCAACCACAUUGCGGGAGGCAAACGACAAGUACGAUGCAUACGUCCGACAAACCAAACUCGAAUACGACCGAUUGAAGGAACAGUCAGACAAAGACUGGAAGGAGGCGGGUGUUGCGAAACUGUUGGCCGAGGAGUGGGAGAACAAAUUCCGCAUAUUAGAGAUACAAACUGAAAAGGCGGCUGCACAGGCGGACAAUGCCCAGUUAAAGGCCAAAGAAUCCGACGAAUCCGACGAGUCCUGUGCCAGAGCAACUGCCACGGCAACUGGUGCAGAGAGUGGAGUCGAGGAAGAAGGUGAGGUGGAUGCAGAACAAUGGAAGACGCAUAAUAGUGAUAAUAGGCCACGGGAGGAUAUGGAGAGGAAGCACGCGGCGGAACUGAAAGACCGGGAUGACGUUAUAGCCACGCUCACGGAGGAAAUACAAGGUCUUAAAACAAAGUGCGCGGAUCAAAAGAAGCUUGUAGAAGAGCUUGAUUGGCCUGAGGCGACAGAUCUGUCGGAUUCAAUGUAUAUGGACAAUCUUGGACAGGUGGUACUACUCGCAAAGAAGGAACAGGACCUAGAGGCGGCGCACGAAAAACUGAAGAAGCAGAGUAAGCGAAUGAAAGACUUGGAGAAACAACUCACGACCACGUGCAAGCAACUUGAAGCGAAAGACAAAGCUCUCAGUGCUAGAGAUGUGGUCAUAAAAACCCAGGCGGAGAGAAUCGAGGCCAACGAUGAGCGGAUAAAGGUCAAAGACGAGGAAAUUAGGAAAAAGGACGCCAUAGUCGGGUCCAAGGACGACGAAAUCGGGAAGAAGGACGCGAUAAUCAGGAACAAGGAGAAAGAAAUUAGGGUGCUCGAAACGGACAGUGAAACCAUACCCAAUAUUUCGGCCGUCAGUAAAGCCAGUGAGAGCGGGCAAACGAGCAAUGCGGGUGCGAGUAUAUCGCCAGAGCCUAAAGCACCCAGCAAGCCGGUCAGCACUUCGAAUACCGAUUCGGAUGAGCCUCUCCCCAAACUCUCCUGGAAAGGGGGCUCUGUCAAACGUACACACGACGCAAGUACGGGUGUAGGCUCGAGCGACCAGACACGAAAGUCGCCACUGCACCCGCGCAUGCCCGAACUUCGCAAGAUAGAGAACAAGGUGGACUCCAGGGCCAAACCUUCGCAUCCCUCUCCAUACAAAUGUACCACAGGUAUACUGCCUGGGCCAAAGAGUGCGGCUGACAAAGAGCUGGCAUUUGGCAGGUGGACCCCCAAGGCCGCCACCACAGCUAAGCAGGAAGCGCGAGUGCGGACCUUCCUGACUCCUCGCGGUACUGAUAAACCCGGGUUUUACUCGAACAAUAACCACUGUUUUCUCUCGGGAGGACAGGGAGGAUCUAUCGGAGCGGGCACAGAGAGGCCUGGUACAAGUCCAGGCAGAGCUGCAAGUGGGAUCAACAAUUUUAACACAAUGUUGGGACGGCGUGCGGAGAAGGGCAAGUCUCCAGAGCCCAAGCGCAAGAAGGCGUGCCAGGAGUUCAUUGAGAUUGACUGAGGAGCGCGAGUGGUUGGUGGGUAUACUGAAGGGUUGGUAUGUUACAUCAGCACGUGGUAGCCAAUACUAUGCACACGUGUUAUAGUGACCUCAGACAUUAAGAUGGCACAUACUGCAAACACACAGCACAGUAAAAUCAACCUACGGUUCCGUACUUGUCCGUAUCAUGAGGGAAUGGCACGCGCUUAGAGUGUGUGGGCGUGCACAGUGAGGUGUCUGCACGGACACAUCUGGCGUGUCAAUGAAGAUGUAGUGGUGUGUGAGCUUCAUAUACAUAAGCAUAAACAAACGCACACUCUCGUGCAGUUCGUCCGUCCAGAUGGUGCUGGCACACAGAGGCAACAAAUGCACCAGGGGUCUAAGUAUAGACAUGCAUUGACUGUUUGAAUCGGCAACUGAACGCUCUCGCGUACACACACGUUGUUUGUCCGCAUACGGGGCAUUUGUGCUCCUUUUAUACAUCAAGUCAAACAAGGCGCCUAUCGCAACCGUACCUCAUGCACUAUCAAGCCCCGGAUAAAGUUUUAUACGGUAGCGCUUGCAUCCGCUCGGCAACGAC